CAUACACAGCGACGAUGCUGCAGGAACUGACGACAAUGGCUCGAACAGAGGCACAAACUCCGGAUUAAAGCCUGGAGAGCAAGAAUCCGUCAAAAGUCUUGGAAUCCGUCAAAAUAUGACCGCACCAGGGACAAAAGACGAUGACUUCAAUUACGUUGGAAUGUAUAUAACUGUAGCUGUCUUCAUCACAUUCAUGGUUACCUUGGUCGCCAUUGCUCUUAUUCGUGGUCCACAAGGCCCAUUUAAGACCAAACGAACAGAAGAGGAGAUUGCAAGGGGCUUCGACGGUGGGCGAACGGCGGGGAACGUCAUCGUGUUGUCAGACGGCGUAGAGACGCGGACAGAUGCGCAGUGGGAACAACAACCGCUGCGCGCUGAAUGCAACGACGCGGUUGCGGAUGUCCGCGUUAAUUGCGAGGCUUCCGAAGAAAUCUCCGAGGGAUCAACGGCAGUUGCAAUGGCUGAUAUAGCAGACAAAGAAGAAGGCGUUUGAAUUAUGAAACGUUCAUCACUUAUCAUCACUGAACCAGCAUUCAAAAGAUCUGAAACUCGGUUGACAAACGUCCCUCCCGUACUUUGUCACGGUUGCGUAAAUGUAUAAGACUUUCUUCUCCUUGCUGAAGUUUUUUUUUUCUUUUAUGGAGCUUAAUUCCUAUCUGGGUGUGUUUACCCAAAGUUUCUUUCUAUAUUUUGUUAUUAACUACAAUUGAGUUACGUUAUUUUAACAGCCACAACAUUUGCUUAGACAAAAAUCAGGUUGAAAAAAAGAGAGUCUGGCAAAAAUGUUUUGGGACUAUAUAUCAAUACUAUAUUGAGCAAGAGGGGAAUGGUUUCUUCCAGUGUACUAAAAAUGGUGCAUCUCAACCACUUCAAGCUCAUCGAUCGCCGACAGAGUUUUUACUUCAUGGACAUCUUCCAGAAUACCUAUUAUGUUCUGCUCGUCUGCUAUCAAAAGUUUAGUUUAGCAUUAUUAUUAUCAUUACUAUUAUUAAAAUGAGUCGAGUUUCUUUGAAAUGGAACUCUUUUCUUCACUCGAUUUUAAGUACUAGUAACAUUUUUACUAUUAAAAUUCAGAUUAAUAUUCAAGCUUCGUAAUCAUGACCAUAGAUUGUUGUAGAGAUGUUGACAGUUAGGAUCAAUCCAGGUAAACGUGACCAAAGUACAAUUCUAACCUAUAGAAUCAAUCUCUGUGAUUAGCUGAUAGGUUCCAGAAUGUCAAGGUGACCAGACAUGAAAUACGUCUUUCUAGUUCAGUUACAAUAGUCAUGAUGAUAAUGUCCAGAUUGUAUGAUCUUUAAUGAGAAACAAAGGGUAUAUAUAUACUAUGCGUUUUAUUCAGUGAUGUCCCCCAAGCAAUCAGUGUGCUUAUAAUGAGGGCCGCAUAGGCGGCGGAAGCGGGGGGGGGGACGUGUCCCCCCCUAAAUUUGAAGAGAGGGGGACGGUCCCCCCU